CUUAUAAAUUAAAAUUAUCAAAUUAAGCCACACACAAAACCAACCAAAAUCCAUUUCAAUAGAAGAAGAAGAUUCUCGAAUCAUCAAACCAAUUCAGAAAAUUUCAGACAUGACAGGAUCGAAAGAAGGAGAAACUCACCAGGCUCAGCCUCAGCCACAGAUCGUUGAUCAAGAACAACCCAAAACUCUAGAAACAGAAGACCAAAAACAACAACAACAACAACCUUCUUCAUCGUCUCCGGAUCAGAAGAAAUGGGGUACUCACGUGAUGGGAGCUCCGGCAGCUCCCGUAUCUCACCCCGAUAACCAGCAAGCGGCAGCGUGGGUCGCCGGAGAUAACCAUCAGACUCAGUACCAACCGUACGUCAUCUACUCUCCUGUCGAACAUCACCAAACUAACAACAACCCUCUCGAGCCAGUCAUCGGAAUGUUCAAUACCUGGAGCCGCAAGGCUGAAACCGUCGCUCGUAACCUCUGGCACAAUCUGAAGACAGGACCAUCUAUGUCUGAAACGGCGUGGGGAAAGGUUAAUUUGACGGCGAAAGCCAUAACAAAGGGAGGGUUCGAGUCACUUUUCAGGCAGAUCUUCGGAACAGAGCCAAACGAGAGUCUGAAGAAAACUUUCGCAUGUUACCUCUCAACGACGACAGGACCUGUUGCUGGAACUAUCUAUCUCUCUAAUGCUCGUGUAGCUUUCUGCAGUGACCGUCCUCUCUUCUUCACAGCACCUUCUGGCCAAGGAGCUUGGAGCUACUACAGGGUGGUGGUACCGUUGGGGAAUGUUGCUACGGUGAAUCCGGUUGUGAUGAAGGAGACUCCUCCAGAGAAGUAUAUUCAGGUGACGACGGUGGACGGACAUGACUUUUGGUUCAUGGGUUUUGUGAAUUACGAGAAGGCUACGCAUCAUCUGCUCACUAGUGUCUCGGAGUUUCAAACAGCACACAGCUCUGUGUCUGGCUAAAAGCAUAUUCCUUAAUGUUUGUUUCUAUGUCUUUUUUCUUUUUCUUCCCCCUGCAUAUGUUUUCUAUUAUGUUAUAUGUAAAUUAUGUAUCGGAGCUGGACUUUUGUGAGUCUCAUAUCUCUGAUUCGUAUGUUGAUAUAGAGUUGGUGUUCACUUAUAUGUUGAUCUCUUUUGUAAUAGCAGUUUCAUAUUGAUUAAUUGACGACCUUUGAACUGAAUUUUAGA